CGCGCACACACUCGUUCCUGUGUGUCUCUGAUGGCCUUGGCGUCUCUCCGGUGGGGCUGCAGGUUUCUGGUGGUCCUGAUCAUCUUCCAGGGUGUGUGUGUGAUGUUUUACAAACAAAACACACACUCGUUCAGAGAUGUGAUGACAGAAACACUUCAGAAGCUGCGCUGUGCUAAACUCAGACACAAGUUUUCUGUUAUCAAACCUGCCAAAAGUAUAAAGCUCAAGAGUUUCACGCGGGAGCUGUCUAACUUGAUGAGCUGUCCAGACAAAUCCAAUAUAACCGAGCGGGAGCUGAACAGAAUGAGGCUGCGGUUCUGCUGUAACGCCACAGAGUCAUUUGUCCUCACCAAACGCAACACAGCCGUCAAUCAGUCCAUCCCAUAUGAAACCAACAAGCAGCGCACCUUCAAAAUCAAUGCAGACAUUCACAAGAUGCUGCCCAAGGACUCCCCCUGGUCUGCUGGUGCUCUGGGUCUCUGUGCUGUUGUGGGCAGCAGUGGCAUCUUGAAGAACAGCAGCUGUGGAAGCCAGAUCGACAGCGCAGACUUCGUCAUCCGGUUUAAUUUGGCGUUGAUCAAUGACAUCGAUGUCGGACUGAAGACGAAUCUGAUCACCAUCAACCCCAGUCAGAUCCGAUACAGAAACCUGGAGAAGAAACCGGGUCCGCUAGUGAAGCGUGUCAGUGUGUACGGAAACUCCUCCCUCAUUAUUCCUGCAUUUGCAUAUCCAUUCUGCACCUCGCCAUCCCUCCGGGUCCUCCGAGUCCUGCAGCCAAUCAGACCUCAGCAGCCGGUUCUGUUUUUCAGCCCACAUUACUUAAACGCAUUGGACCUCUUCUGGAAGGGGCGUGGCCUCAAGGAGAAGCGCCUCUCUACUGGCUUUAUGCUAAUUAGCGCUGCACUAGAAAUGUGUGAGCACGUGCACGUGUACGGAUUCUGGCCCUUCGACACCGACCUGCAGGAAAAUCCCAUUCCUUACCAUUAUUAUGACCAGAAGAAGGCGAACCGGUUUAUGCACCGCAUGCCAGAGGAGUUUGUGUAUCUCCUGCAGCUCCACAGCCAGGGGGCGCUGACACUGCACCUGCAGCCCUGUGACACACACUGAAACGCUGCAUUUAUGAUGCACAUUACUCAUUUAUUCAUGUGAGAGCACAUUACAGGCUGUUGUUGUUCUUCAGGCGAUGCAAUUAGGAAAACGGCGAAGCUCAGCAGUAUUACUGCAUCAUCUGUACAUCUGUGUGUGUGUGUCCUAAAAAGAUAAUUAUGUCAGCUUUAGCGCACGUAAGGAGAUAGUUCACCCAAAAAUUCUGUCACUUUUAUGAGUUUCUUUUUUCUGUUGAACACAAAAGAAGAUAUUUCGAAGAAAGCUGGAAACCUGUAACCACUUCUUUUUUAAGCUUUCUUCAAAAAAAUCUUAGUUCAACAGAUGAUAGAAACUCCUAAAGGUUUAAAACUGCAUGAGGGAGAGUUAAUUGAGAGUUCAUUUACAUUUUUGGGAGAACUGUCCCUUUAAGAGGAUUGUUUUGUCCUCCAGCCGUGCAGCUCUUACUCUGGUGUUGUUUACUGAGACUUGAAACUGUUGAAUACACUGAGAGAAAUAUUCAAA